GCCACUCGGCCGAACAGAGAGACCGGCUGAUGGGGGGGAUACGAGGAUCUCGCAGUGUUAACGUUAACUAACUGUUAAAACGUGACCAGAAAGUUGGCCAGAGGGCUGUGGAUGCGGGAGAGUCUGUCCAUCCAUCCUCUGCCAUCAGCAAUUGCGUCCGUAGUAUUGUGCUAGUGUAGUACCUCAAGUUGCACAUCCGCGAACAACAUCGAGGCACUACCGACAACACUUCCCGUUACCUGUCUUUUCUGGCCAACCGUGUCCUCAAACCCCCGACGCCAGCAACCCAGCACCGCCAAUUGCAUUCGCACCAUGUCUCCUUCCGGUGCGCCUGUCCAUGCCGUCCAAUCAGCAGCUCAAGGUUCCCCCGCCGCCGCAUCCUCGAGUAGCAGCAAGAAGAAGACAAACAAGAAGAAAAAGGCCAGCAAGAGUAACACCGCCAGCAGCACUGCCUUGAGCGCACAAGAUCCCACUGCGGCUGAAACGCAGGCAACACGCACAAACGGAGAGGGCGAUGGGGCUGAGGGCGCGGCAGUCGAGGAAGUGUCAGAAGAGCUAGAAACUCUCGGUCUGGGUACAUCAAACUCCAGCCCUCCGCCGGAACAAGACGCCGGGCCAGUCAGCCCGGCCGCGGAGCCCGGGGGCCCGGAUACAGCGGACACAGAGACCGAGGAGACAGAAGAGGGACCGAUACCGGGAGCCGAAGACGACCUGGAGAAGCCCGCCGCUAACGGCCAUGCGGGUGGAAGCAGACACGCGCCAAUCGGAACAAUAUCAGAGGCGGCGACCGCCAAGUUGGACGCCAUGUCGAAGGAUCAAGAAGCCCUGCAGCUCGAGGUGGAGCGGCUGCGGAAGCAGCUCGAGAGCAUACAAGCGGCGCACGCCGAGGAGAUCACGCAGCUCCGGGCCGACCUGGACGAGAGCGAGGCAGCCAAGGAGCACGCCGAGGCGCAGUACGAGACUCUACUAGGCCGCGUCGAAAAGAUCAAGGAGACGCUGGGCGACCGACUGAAGCGGGAUAAGGCCGAACUGGAGGAGGCCAAGGACCGCAUCGAGGAGCUCGAGACGCAGAACGAGGAGCUGCAGCGGACCGUGGCCGCGCGGCAAGAGGAGGCCGACCGCUUGAGGCGCGAGGCGCAGGAGCAGGGGCUUGAGCUGGCAAACUUGCGCAGCAGAAGCAACCUGUCGCAGCAGAAUUGGAUCAAGGAGAAGGAGGACAUAGCGAGGCAGAUGCAGCACCUCAAGAGCGAGCUCGAGUCGACAACGGCCGCCAUGGGCGAAUGGGAGGUGAUCGCCAUGGAGGAGCGGUCGCUGCGCGAGAGCCUGGCGGACAAGGUGGCAGACCUCGAGGAGCAGCUGAGCAACGCGCGGGAGGCGUACGAGAGGGCCGACGCGGACCGCGAGGCGCAGUCGCAGGCUGUCGACCGUCUCCAGCGCGCCCUGCAGGACCUCCAGGAGACGCGGAAGCGGGAGCUGCGCGAGAUGGUUGAGUCGACCGAGGAGCAGGUCCAGGCGUUCAAGAAGCGCGCCCAGGAAGCCGAGGCCCGAGCAGCGCAAGCAGAGGCCGCCAAGGAGGGACUGUCCAAGGAGCUGGAGCGGACAGCACCGUUCGAGAAGGAGGUCAGAGAAAAGAAUUUGCUCAUCGGCAAGCUACGGCACGAGGCCAUCGUGCUGAACGACCACCUCACAAAAGCCCUGAAAUACAUCAAGAAGACAAAACCCGAAGAGACCAUCGACAAACAACUCGUCACCAACCACUUCCUCCAAUUCCUCUCCCUGGACCGCUCCGACCCCAAGAAAUUCCAGAUCCUCCAGGUCAUGGCCGGCCUGCUCAGCUGGAACGAGGAGCAGCGCGAGAAGGCCGGGCUCGCCCGGCCCGGCACCGCCGGCCAGACCCUCCGGCUGCCGACCUCGCCGUUCCACCGGACGCCCAGCUCGCCGUCGCUCAACAGCGACUUCUUCUCCGAGCCGACGUCCCUGUCGGCGUCGGCGUCGGCAGCGGGCGCCGGCGCCGGGGGCGGGAAGGAGUCGCUGGCGGACCUGUGGGCCAGCUUCCUCGAGCAGAGCGUCGACGAGGCUGCGGGCGCCGGCGCCGGCGCCGGCGGGCCGUCGAGGAAGGAUAGCAUGUCGAGUGUGGCCACGGCGGGCGGCGGGAGGCCCGAUACGAGAGGGCAUACAUAGAGACGUGCGGCUCGGGUUUAGUAGUCGGUCAAGGUCGGGAGUGAGUCUGGGGAAGGUGCUCGAGGGUUAUGAACCGCUUGCAUGCAUGGCAGGGCGAGCGAUUAGAAGAGAGGGGGGACAAACAAGGAAGAGCGAUAGAUAUCAUUUCGCAUCUAUCAUCGUGCUGCACUGUAAUCUGCGCGGCAUAUCGGUAUGACGGCGGUGUUGGCGGGCGAGCAGGCUGCUCAGCCUGGGUUUAGACCGAACACUCUCGAGCAAUAACCGCCCCAGCGA